AUGGUCUUGGUUCCGUCCUUCAAUAAUACUCCAGAAAUCCCGAUGUUGUCGGCCAAUCACGUGUGUGUGGACUUCCCCGUGCCUGACGGCGGCGACGCCUAUGACGUCCUUCUCAUCGAGGGGAGCAUCGGCGAGGUCCUCGUGUCUAAGGAGCUGAGGAUUCGCCUCGUCUCCGUCGGCAGGACUUUCGUGCAGACGGACAAGUACCUGUACGAGGAGGGGCAGUCGGUGAAGUUCCGCGUGCUGAGCGUCGAGGGCGAGAGGGCCGCCAUCUCCUACGAGGACCUGGACGAGGUGUGGGUAACCUCGCCGACGGAGACGCGGCUGGUGCAGUGGCUCAACGUCAGCAACAGCCGCGGCCUCGUGCAGCUCGAGUUCCCGCUGGCCGAGCACGUGCAGGAGUCAUACAUAGGAUCCUAUAUAGGUUUGAUACCCAGUCUCGGUGUACAAUUCCCUUUUUGUGUUCAUCCCGGUUCUGACUGCCCGGCUCUGGUCUUUGCCAGUGCAAGGGACCCGGCGCGGCUUAUCCCAGUACCGGAAGCCCAGAGCGUGAUGGGUAGCAGACGCUUUGAGAAGCUAGACAUCUUGGUCACAGUGAUGAAAAUGUGCAAAGCUUACUUACUUACUUACCCGUCUAUAUUCAGAUUAUAUGAAAAUCUUCAUGUCAUACAUUUUGCAUCAGUCAUGCAUCUUUUCAUGUCAUAUAACGUUUUAGUCAACAUGUUUUCAGCAGUUAUGACUUCAAGGUCGAGCCAUACGUACUACCGAGAUUCGAGGUCACUCUCAACCUUCCACCUUACACGCUUGUCACUCAGACUGACGGUCGAAGUCUGUGCUGAUUACACGUAUGGGCAACCCGUAACAGGCAGUGGUAAUCUCUUUGUGAAGACGCUUAUGUACUAUUAUUACGAAGGCGACCAAAGGGAUGACGCUCUUGUCAUUCCUAUCCCGACCUUCAGCGGGUGCACGGACGUCGAGGUGGACACCAGCCUCAUCGACACAGGGUCCCAUUACGUACACGGCCUUGCUCUGACAGCUGACAUCACCGAGGAAGGCACCGGACACAUGGCCUCAGGCGCCGCGACCCUCAAGCUGGCCUCCCAACGCCUGUCCUUCGCGUGGAUUAGCCGAGGGAAGGAUGCCAAGCCGGGCUUGCCCCUCGAGAUGCAGAUCCAGGCGAGGUUCCCAGACCAAUCAGGAGCCCCAGACGUCGAGGUAACAGCCUGUGUCGAAACCGCGUGUAAAGACUUCGUGACUGACGAGCACGGUGUCUUCACGGUGAUCGUGCCUCCCCACCUCGUGAAACCUCGCGGCAAACUCAAGGUAACUCUCACGAACGAAGACGAUCAACAAGGACACCUUGGCAACCUUCACCCGUCGGUGGGCUACUUCUACUUCGAUGUCUACUACUCUGAGUCGAACUCCAGUCUCUCUCUUGUCAUCCCGACGGACGCUGUCGACUGCACUCCUGGAGGGGACAUUAGCCUGUCUCUGCCGGUGCUCUUCGUGGCCAACAACAUCAACCAGGCUCUGAUGAGACUGCAGGUGAUAUCAAGGAGCCAGGUGAUACUUGUUGAUUCCUUCGUCCAAGACCUGGUGGCUUCGGACUUGCCUCUGGAUGAAGACGCGCUCCUGGAACCCAUGGCGGAUCUUGAAGACGGAUUUGUCAGGGGAUCCUUCUCUGUCCAGCUGGAACUUCCUUACUAUGCGUCGCCUUCUGUCAAUGUUUUGAUCUGUAUUCCACCGCGGCCGGCGAGGUGAUCGCAGCUCUGGCACCGUGAGGUCGGCGCCUGUCUGCCCACCGUCGCCAGCCUGGCAU